UAGCUGAUGUAAUUAGUACAUUUUCUCAUUGAGCUCAAGUGCCGUAAUUGAAAUGAUGUCAUGUGGUCUUCUUGUGUUUAUUUCAUAAAAGUGGGAGCCUAAGAAAAAUUAGUUAAGGUAUUCCUGAUUCCAGAUACUUUUACACAGUCCAAGCUGAAAUCUAUUCAUUGUAGGGUUGUAAGUCAGGUUGAAUAUCCUUCAUUGGUGGAUUUGCGUGGUCUCCUUCUAGACCUGGUUGCACAGCUUCUGGGUGCUCUAUCACAUAUUAGGUUUAGUUCUGUAACUGCUCGCUUUUUCAUGGAACUCAAUACCCGUCGGAUUGAUACAAGUGGUGCUCGAAGUGAAAGCCUUAGUAUCAUCAACGGGAUGCGUCAUCUAAAGCUUGAGGUCAAGACGGAGGGUGGUCUUAGUGCCUCAGCAUCGUUUGUGGCAAAAGCUAAUCCCCUUAAUCGUGCCCCCCACAAACGAAAAAGUGAACUUCACCAUGCGCUGUGCAAUAUGUUGUCGAGCAUUUUGGCACCACUUGCAGGUGGUGGUAAAGGUCAGUGGCCACCUCCUGGUGUGCAACGUGCACUUACUGUGUGGUAUGAAGCUGUUGCACGGGUAAGGAUGCAGAUCAUUCAUUGGGCAGACAAGCAGAGCAAGCAUAUACCUGUAAGUAAAUGCUGAACAGUUCCAUAGUUUCCUUUUUUUGCUUUGACUAAAAGAGGACACCCUAAUACUAUCAAUUAGAAGAUGUAUCUUGAAUUACUAUAUCUAACAAUAUUGAUGUCCCUUUUCCCCUUGAACUUUGACUUGAUUUCUCUUUAUAGCCCUUUCUGUUGUUGGAAUUAAUAUAGGAUUGAGAUGAAGAUGCAUAUUGAUGUGUGAAGGGAGAUCAGGUUCUCUGUAUUGAUUGAAAGAGGAACUUGCAUGAUAAUGAAAAUGAAACAAUAACCCCUAACGAUUUACGUAUAUGACCCCUUAA